CUGUCCAUGAUCUCCAUCACCACCCUUUCUCAAAAGCUGAAAUGAAAGCUAGGAACAAGCUCUGAAAUUGCACUACACAUCCCAGACUCUCAUGGCAUCUCUGCAGUGGCACAAAUGCAGGAAUGAUCCUGACUUUCUUUUCCCCAGACAAUUUGUAACUAGCAGCUCGUUAGUGCACUACAGUCCUAAAAAUAUUCCCUUCCUGGGAUUGGGGCAGAUUUGAAGUUUCAUUUUAAGGGUGUAAGUAAGAUUCUCCCAAAAUGAAUCCCAUUUUGGGAGAAAGGUGGAACAUUACUCCUAUAAAUAAUGUAAGUGCUGUACUUGUGGAGGAAGAGUGAUGUCCUGGCAGUCACAGUUGUAUGAUUGGUGAGCAAAACCACUUUAAAAUCUAUGGACCUCUCAGCAUACAUUUUACAAGUCUUUUGUGUGUGUACUUUAUAUAAAUAGGUUAGCGUACUGCCUUUUCUCUUAACAACCUCAAGGCAGCAUACAUGGACAUCUUCCACCAUCUUUAUCAGCAUAGUAACUUUGUGAGAGAGAUUAGGCUGAGUGUGAGCUUCAAGGCCAAAAGGGAAUUUGAAUCCUAGUCUCACACGUUCUAGUCCAGCACUCAAAACAGCUUUGCUCCACUAGGUAGUCAGUGUACGUAUGCCAGAUUAGGUAGCUUGAAGGAGUUGUGGCAAAUACACAGGAUGCAUUUGGCUCAAAUCAUAAUUCAGCACUAAAGAUUCUCAAAAGAGAGGAAAGUACUUCAACAUGCAAAGCACUGCUGAUGGUCAGAAAUGGAGAUUAUGAUGUAGAUUACUGUAGAGACUGAAUCUAACCAGCCUAAUCAAUUAGAAGAGGAUAAACCUACUGAAAUUCACUGCCAAUAUCUUUCAACUGUUAAAGAAAAUGGAGACUGAUGCAGAUACAAUUUCACGCCUUCGGUGUCAGCUCAGAGAAGCUGAGGAAGAAAGAAGAAAAGCAGCACAAUAUGGCUUAAAGUUGGUGGAGAAUGAGAACUUGUUGCAGAAUCGGCUAGAUGAACUGCAAAACGAAAUAGUUGCCCUAACAGAGAAUUUUGAGCAAGAAAAGUACACUCUUCAGAGAGAAGUAGAACUGAAGAAUAGAAUGUUGGGAAGUCUCAAUCUUGAAUAUGAGAGUCUUAAACAGCAGCAAAAUGUGCAACUAGAUAUACAGCGUGAACAACUGGAAAGGGUGCAUGGACAAGAAGUAAAUGAACUUAAGAAUAAGAUGGAAAAACUGAAAUCAGAACUAGAUGAAACCCUGCUUAGUGAGAAACAGCUGAAACAUAAAGUAGAUCAUCUGAAGGAAGUCGCUGCUUCUAAAUCAGAAGAACUACGCAUGAUGUCAGAACGUGUACAUGAAACCAUGUCUUCAGAAGUGCUCAACCUUCAGCUUGAGGUGCUGGCACUUGAGCAGGCAAAGGUGGGGCUUGAAGACAAGUUGCAUGAUCAACAGUAUUGCAAAGAACAGCUGGAACUUGGAAACAGCAAUCUUACUAAUCGAGUAGCACGUCUUGAAGAAGAGAAAGAAGAGAGAGAAAAAGAUCUUGUCUCAUAUUGUAAUGCAUUAGAGAAAGCUCGUGAGAUGAACAGAGACCUUCAGGUGCAACUUGACCAUGCAUUGCAACAGGCCUUGAAUCCUUCCAGUAAAGGCAAUUCUUUGUUUGCUGAGGUGGAAGACCGUAGAGCAGACAUGGAACGUCAGCUGAUCAGCCUGAAAGUCAAAUAUCAUUUGUUACAAAAACAGUAUGCGUUUACUAGAGAGCAGCUGCAGAGACUAAAGCUACAGAUGGCCACACUGCUACGCAUGAAAGGUUCACAAGGAGAACAUGAUCAGCUAGAACGUUUGCAAAACAUGCUUCAACAAAAGAAUGGUGAAAUAGAAGAACUGUUGAUGAAAGUGAAGCAACUAGAAAAGCCUGUGAAGAUAUCUGAAGAGUCAAGAGAACUAAAACUUUCUAAUACUUCAGAAAAUGUAGAUUAUGAAAAUGGCUAUUAUACAGAUUUGCUUCAGAUGAAACUUGAGAAUUCAGAUAAAGAAAUAGAAAAUGUGAAGAGUGAAUUGUCUUUACAGCGGAUGAAGGCUUUGUUUGAAAGUCAGCGAGUCUUGGAAAUGGAGCGAAAACUUUAUGCAAAUGAAAGACAACUUGCAGCUUGUCAAAGUGAGAACAUAAAUUUGCAUGUGCUACUGGAUGAAUUGAAAAUCAAAUAUGAACCUGAAGAGCUAAUGAGAGAUCCAGUCAAUCUCAGGAAGGCUCCAGCAGACAUACUUUCAGAGAGUAUAAACAGCACAAUGUCCUCCUUAUGUGAAACCUCUUGCAUGCUGUCUCAGAGCAAGGAAGAGGCAAAACGAAAUGAUGCUGGUCUGAAGACUACCCUUCAGACUGUAUCAAUGAAUAUCAUUCCCUCUCAAGCAAUGGAACAAGGAAAUGAUCAACCUGAAGGAAAGAGAGUUAAAAUUAAAGAGGAAGAAUUUGACAGAACAGCCUUAAAUAAGAAAGAUGGGAAUGAUAUUGGAGCAUCUCAUGGCACCAGGUCAGUGUCUUCUAAUAUGUAUGUACGAGGCAAGCAACACAGACCUGCAUCUUUGUUCUUCCGUUGCGUGAACUAUGCUAUCCACUUCUUCAUUUACUUUCUCAGUAUUGCAUGCAGUGUAAUUCCCCAGUUCCAGCUGCCUAGUUUGAAAUUUUCAAAAAUCUUUCCAAAAAAAAUCAGUAAAAGAGAUUGAAAAGGACUUAUAAAUCAUGGACUUCAAUCUUCCUUACAGGUGAAAAGUUUCCUUUACUUUUUAAAAUCACUGUAAUCUAAUGGCUGUAUUACACUUUCUGUAUAACAGUUGUCUUAAUCACUGUACUAUCCUUUCAUGCUCAUUUUUAAGUUUGCAUACAUUAUAAUGUAGCAUGAAGAGUUCAUUUAAUACAGUUUGCCCUCUAUAUCCAUGGACUUUCCAUGCACAGAUUUGAGCAUCCAAGUAUG